CAACAAAAGCAGUGGACAAAGAUCCCUCGCGAAACCGUGCCCCGAUUUUUUUGUGCGGUUCACUGACUAUGGAUGAAUCGACUGUUACCAUCAACACUCCAACAACAAACACUCCUUUGCCCUUGAAAAAGUCAUUGAACAAAUGUGGAGACACCCCAAUUGCUUUGCGGGAUGUCUUAUCGGUGUCAAAUAAGGCUAAGAGAUUCGAUGAUAAGAUGGAAAAAUAUCCUGCCUCCAAUGAUCAAACUUCAGCUCUUUGUUACGGCGACGAUUCGGAAGUUGAAUCCGAGCCCGAGGAAACAUUAGCUUCUCUCGAGAGAAAAAAACCACCAAAUUCUGGAUCAGGUACUGAGAAAAAUCUGGAGGAGAACCUGACAUUGGUAGCUGUAGAUGAUGAACCAAGAAACACACAGGGAAAGGAAAUAGAGAAAGCUGGUAAAUAUGAACUUCUUCCUUCCAAGGACGUAGCCAUGCAUAGAGUGAGAUGGAAUAUGAAUAAGGGUAGUGAGAGAUG